ACUGCAAUUUCUAUUUUGUUUGGAGAGGGGGAAACCCUUAUGGAUAAUUUUUAAAAUAUUUCUUUUAUGAAUUUAAUUGUUUGUUAUUUGUUUCCAGGAAAUGGCUCUUGAAGUUAAAUGAGGCUGAAGAAAACACAUAAAUGAAGCAGAAGCUGCUCUGUGUGUGUUAGGGCUAUAUCACCACAAGCACUGCUGAUCAGCCAGACUUGGUAACUUGUCAUAAUGAAGAAAAUUAGUCUCAAAACAAUUCGCAAGUCCUUUAACUUAAAUAAAAGUAAAGAUGAAAGUGACUUUGUAGUGGUUCAGUAGCCAUCAUUAAGUGAAUUUGGAAAAGAUGACUCCUUGUUUGGCAGCUGCUAUGGUAAAGAUUUGGCUAGCUGUGAAGUCAAUAGUGAAGAUGAAAAAGGAGGCAAAAAUAGAUCAAAAAGUGAAAGCUUAAUGGGUACGUUAAAAAGGAGGCUUUCAGCAAAACAAAAACAGAAAGGCAAAGGCAGCACACCAUCUGUAAGCUCUGCAGAUGAUGACACCUUUUCUUCCUCAUCUGCUCCAAUAACCUUCAAAGAUGUGCGAGCUCAGAGACCUCUGAGAUCCACUUCCCUCCGUAAUCACCAUUACAGUCCAACUCCGUGGCCCCUUCGACCUACAAAUUCUGAAGACACUUGCAUCAAAAUGGAAGUGAAAGUCAAGGCCUUGGUCCAUUCCUCUAAUCCAAGCCCAGCACUGAAUGGCGUUCGAAAGGACUUCCAUGACUUGCAGUCAGACAACGUGUUCCAGGAACAAAACAAUGUGUUAAAAAAUACGGAAUCUCAGAACGGGGACUUGCAUCUUCAUAUUGAUGAACAUGUGCCUGUAGUUAUUGGAUUAAUGCCUCAGGACUACAUUCAGUAUACUGUGCCUUUAGAUGAGGGAAUGUAUCCUUUGGAAGGAUCACGUAGUUACUGUCUGGAUAGUUCCUCACCCAUGGAAGUUUCAACUGUUUCUUCUCAAGUGGGGGGAAAUGCUUUCCAUGAAGAAGAGAGCCAAGUGGAUCAGGAUGUAGUCGUUGCACCGGAUAUCUUUGUGGACCAGACGGUGAAUGGUUUGUUGAUUGGUACCACAGGAGUCAUGUUGCAAAGCCCAAGAGUUAGUCACAGCGAUGUCCCUCCACUCUCACCUUUGCUACCUCCAAUGCAGAAUAAUCAAAUCCAAAGGAACUUCAAUGGAUUGAAUGGCACAGAUGCCCACGUGGCUGAAAGUGUGCGCUGCCAUUUGAAUUUUGAUCCUAACACUGCCCCUGGAGUUGGAAGAGUUUAUGAUUCUGUACAGAACAGUGGUCCUAUGGUUGUGACAAGUCUUACAGAAGAACUGAAAAAACUUGCAAAACAAGGAUGGUACUGGGGUCCCAUUACACGUUGGGAGGCAGAGGGAAAAUUAGCUAAUGUGCCUGAUGGCUCGUUUCUUGUUCGAGAUAGUUCUGAUGAUCGUUAUCUUCUAAGUUUAAGUUUUCGUUCCCAUGGAAAAACUCUUCACACUAGAAUUGAACACUCAAAUGGUAGGUUUAGCUUUUAUGAACAACCAGAUGUGGAGGGACAUACAUCUAUAGUUGACUUAAUUGAACAUUCAAUCAGGGACUCUGAAAAUGGAGCUUUCUGCUAUUCAAGAUCCCGACUGCCUGGAUCUGCAACUUACCCAGUGAGACUGACGAAUCCGGUAUCUCGGUUUAUGCAGGUGCGUUCUUUACAAUACCUGUGUCGUUUUGUAAUACGUCAGUACACCAGAAUAGACCUGAUUCAGAAACUGCCUUUGCCAAACAAAAUGAAGGAUUAUUUACAGGAAAAGCACUACUGAAAGCUUAUGGGAAUCUUGCAUCUUGCACUUUGGGAAUGACAACAAAAAGAGAUUGAAUUACAGUUUACAGACUUUAUUAUCAAAAUCUUUUGCUGCCAUAAAAAAUUAUUUCAUUUUUGUGUGUAAAAGAAAAUUAAUGCAUUUGGAUUUAUGUUUGUUUUGGGGUUUUUGUGUAUUUUGGGGGGCUUUUUUUUUUUUUUUUUGGAAAGAAUGAUCUCAAGUUUAUUUUUAAAAGUGUGAAAUAGCUAUCUUUCAUCAAUGUGCAGAUUAAUCACAAUGUGAAUGAUCAAAUUCUCCUUAAUUUCCCCCAAGUCCUUUGCUGCUAUCCACUGUGAUUUUUAUGCAUUGAAAGCACAUUUCAUGUGUAUUCAACCAUAAGUAAAAGUCAAAUGAAACUUGUUGAAUGGAUUUUUUUUUUUCCUUUAAAAUAGCUUGUUUGAAAAAAAAAAUGAUCGUGGAUAAAAAACAUAGUGGUAUUCUAGAUCACAGAAUUUACAUCUAUGU